AUGUGCUUGCUGCAUUGUAUCCAAAGAGUCCUUAUCCGAAGUCAGGAGCUGGGUGAUGAGAAGAUCCAACUUGCUAGUCAGAUGGUGGAGAUGUUGGAGAAUCGUAGCCGGCAAGUAGACAGUCUUGCUGAGCUUCUAGAAACCCGACAUGAACCCCAAGAAAGCAUGACAGCUACUACCAUAUCUUCUGUUAUUCCAAGCAAGAAAAGGGAAGCGGAGAAAAGAAGAGAAGCAUCCCUUGGUUCCAUAGAAAGGCUUUCUGGAGCCAACAUGCGCUCCAGAUGUCAGAAAAACAAUCAUAUUGACACUCGGGAGAAUGUCUCUACAGUUCACCAUGAUGAAGGAACCAGCGGCAUUGUCAGGGAGAAGAGGAAUAAAACCUCAAAGAUAAAGAAGAGGUCCAAAGCCAAAGCUGACAGAGAGCCUUCACCUACAGAUCUACCUAUUGAUCCGAAUGAGACUACUUACUGCCUUUGUGAGCAGGUGUCAUUUGGGGAAAUGAUUGGUUGUGAUAAUGGUGAAUGUCCAAUUGAAUGGUUCCAUUUCUCAUGUGUUGGGCUUAAUUACAAACCCAAAGGGAAGUGGUAUUGUCCAAACUCUAUAAGGGGACACAGAGAAAACCAUGGACAAAGCUUUGGAAAAAGCAAAAAUGGAGAGGGCAUUUAA